AUGUCUGAAGGCAUCUUAGAUGAAAAGUACAUUGGUGAACAAGUCACCUCGUCGCCGCCAAGUGAACCUGAUCAUGGUAUCGUCAAGGACUGGGAUGAAGAGGAGUCUGCGGUGAGGCGCAAAGUUGAUUUUAUCCUCAUUCCUAUCCUCGCUGUCGCUUUCUUCGCUUUGCAGAUGGAUCGCGGAAAUAUUAGCGCCGUUUUGACUUCGACCAUUACAAAAGACCUGAACAUCACCACCAACCAAAUCAACAUCGGUAGUCAGCUUCUCUCGGCUGGUAUUGUGCUCUCGGAGAUUCCUUCAAAUAUAAUCAUGCAGCGCAUUGGACCUCGUAUUUGGUUGUCCGGCCAGCUGUUUGCUUGGGGUUUGGUUGCGACUUUUCAGGCAUUCGUUUCAUCCUUCCCUGCAUACUUAGUGACGAGGAUCUUAUUGGGUUUCUGCGAGGGUGGUUUUAUUCCGUGUGCUUUGUACUACCUUUCCACAUGGUACAAAAAGGAUGAAACCAGUCUGCGUACUAGUUUGUUCUUCUACGGGCAGAUGUUUGCCUCUGCGACAUCGAGUUUGAUCUCUGCUGGUCUGCUCAAGUUGAAUGGUGCUUGUGGUAUGGAGGGAUGGAGGUGGAUCUUCUUGGUUGAGGGUUUGAUCACACUCUUCAUCGGAAUUGUCUUCACCCUGCUUGUUCCUCCCUCAGCUGGCGAUGGCCGCCCUUUGAUUGCAGGCGGCCGUUGGAGUUACUUCACCGAGCGCGAGUCACACAUCAUCCGUAAUCGGGUGCUUCUGGAUGACCCACGCAAAGCAACAGGCCAUAUCCAGAUUACUGGCAAGGAUAUCUGGCAAACCCUUAAGCAGGGGCGCAUCAUGCAACACGUGUUCUUGACCCUGGUCUCCAUGACUGCGUUCCAAGGUAUCACGCAGUACACCCCCAGCAUGAUCAAGGCAUUGGGCUUUGACGCUGUCAAAGCGAAUGCGUUAACUUCGGUCCCGGUGUAUUGCAGCAUGGUGUGGUUGGUUAUUUUGUCUUAUGCUUGUGAUAAAACAAAGCAUCGUGGACCUUUCGUACUCCUAGCCAUCACCUGGAAUGUGAUUUCCUACGCGUGUCUCCGCACAAGCAACCCACAUGCCUCUCAAUGGCACCGUUAUGGAGUUAUUGCCAUCGCCAAUAUCUCCUACUGCAGUAUGCACAUUCUCAAUGUCGGCUGGUUGUCCUUUUACUGCCGCACUCCUCAGGAACGAAGUGUCGCCAUGGCGUUGGUAGUUAUGGCCGCCAACUGUGCUGGAAUUGCCGGUUCUCAGAUUUUCCGUACAUCUGAUGCACCCAAGUAUUUGCAUGGUCUCACUGCAAGCGUUUCCAUUGCUGGUGUUUCAUGGGUGUUAUGUCUUGCGCUGGGCGCACAAUAUUAUUUCCGCCGGGAAAAGGCGGUCGCGACAGAUGAUGAAGCUAAGAAUUAA